AAAAUGUGGUUGAUAGUUAAUAAAUGAGGGAAUUGUGGCAACACAUGUUUUCUGUAUCUGUGAAUGUUUUGUCAGUGUGUUCGUGAAUUUGAUUGACAUUAUUAUAACAUAGACACGUACACUAGGUCCUACUCUUUCUGUUCACCUGAGAGAGAGAGAGAGAGAGCACUCUCACUUCACUGGAGCUGAAUCUCAUUCUCCAUGGCUUCUCCCUAUGAUCUCAGAAGAAGCAUUCUGGUUUUGCUGUUGGUGACAGCUUCAGCUUGGGAAGAAGAGAAGAAAACAUUCAUAGUGCAAGUGCAGCACGAUGCGAAGCCUUCGAUCUUCCCCACGCACAGGCACUGGUACGAAUCAUCACUGGGUGAGGCCACCUCCAUAAUCCACACCUACCAAACAGUCUUCCACGGAUUCUCUGCAACUCUCUCCGCCGCGGAGGUGGAGAACCUGGAGUCACUCUCCCACGUCAUAGCCCUCAUACCCGAGCAGGUGCGCCAACUCCACACCACGCGCUCCCCUCACUUCCUCGGCCUCAACACCGCCGACAGGGCUGGCUUGCUAAAGGAAACCGAUUUCGGCUCCGAUCUUGUCAUCGGACUCAUCGACACCGGCAUUUCACCCGAAAGCCAGAGCUUUAACGACCGCGACUUAGGCCUCCCUCCCCCCAACUGGAAGGGUCAAUGCGUCGCCGGAAAAGGCUUCCCCCCCAACUCCUGUAACCGCAAGCUCAUCGGAGCCCGCUACUUCUGCGGCGGUUACGAAGCCACCAACGGCAAAAUGAACGAAACACUCGAGUACCGUUCUCCGAGAGACACUGACGGUCACGGUACCCACACCGCUUCCAUCGCCGCCGGCAGGUACGUCUUUCCGGCCUCCGUCAUGGGCUACGCCAAGGGAAUGGCCGCCGGGAUGGCUCCCAAGGCUCGCCUCGCCGUCUACAAGGUCUGCUGGAACGCUGGCUGCUACGACUCCGACAUCCUGGCAGCAUUCGACGCCGCCGUGGCCGACGGUGUUAACGUGGUCUCUCUGAGCGUCGGGGGCGUCGUGGUUCCCUACCACCUGGACGUGAUCGCUGUGGGGGCCUUCGGAGCCUCGGAGGCUGGCGUGUUCGUGUCUGCCUCGGCGGGGAACGGCGGUCCCGGCGGGCUGACGGUGACGAAUGUGGCACCGUGGAUGACAACUGUGGGGGCCGGAACCAUAGACAGAGAUUUCCCGGCGGAUGUUAUUCUGGGGAACGGGAAGGUGAUUGGUGGAGUGAGUGUCUACGGUGGGCCAGGGCUGAGUCCGGGUCGGCGGUACCAGCUGGUGUAUGCUGGGUCUGACGGUUACUCUUCCUCUCUCUGCUUGGAAGAUUCCUUGGACCCUAAAUCCGUGAGUGGUAAGAUUGUUGUCUGUGACAGAGGCGUCAAUUCAAGGCCUGCCAAAGGCCUAGUCGUGAAGAAUGCCGGUGGAGUUGCCAUGAUUUUGGCCAAUGGUCCCUUCGAUGGAGAAGGUCUGGUAGCUGACUGCCACGUCCUCCCGGCCACCUCCGUCGGUGCCGCUGGGGGCGACCAAAUUCGAAGAUACAUCUCGUUGGCCUCACAGUUACGGUCGCCACCCACCGCAACCAUUUUAUUCAGGGGCACGAGGGUUGGGGUUAAGCCAGCGCCAAAGGUGGCGUCUUUCUCGGCCAGAGGGCCUAAUCCGGUUUCCCCUGAGAUUUUGAAGCCCGAUGUGAUUGCGCCUGGAUUGAACAUUCUUGCGGCAUGGCCUUCUUCCAUUCCUCCUUCUUCCCUACCUUCCGACCACCGUACCACUGACUUCAACAUACUCUCCGGCACCUCUAUGGCCUGCCCUCACGUCUCCGGUUUGGCUGCUCUUUUGAAAGCGGCCCACCCUGACUGGAGUCCCGCCGCCAUAAGAUCUGCUCUCAUCACCACUGCCUACACUCUCGACAAUGGAGGAGGUGGAGGGACCUUGUUGGACGAGUCCACUGGGAAUGCUUCUUCGGUCUUCGAUUAUGGGGCUGGCCACGUUCACCCGGAGAAGGCCAUCAACCCCGGUCUGGUCUAUGACAUUUCCACCUACGAUUAUGUCGAUUUCCUCUGCAAUUCCAACUACACUGCCCACAAUAUUCGGGUUAUCACCAGAAAGGCCGCAGACUGCAGUGGAGCAAAGAGGGCCGGUCACGCUGCCAAUCUCAAUUACCCCUCUUUAUCUGCUGUCUUUCAACAGUAUGGCAAGGAAGGCUCACGCAUGUCUACACACUUCAUUAGAACUGUCACCAACGUUGGAGACCCCAACUCCCUUUACAGGGUUACUGUUGCAGCCCCUGCCGACACCGAAGUCACUGUUGAACCGGACACACUGGCUUUCAGGAGGUUGGGUCAGAAACUGAACUUCCUUGUGAGGGUGCAAACCAGGGAAGUGAAGCUUUCACCCGGGAGUUCAACUGUCAAGACUGGCUCCAUAGUUUGGUCUGAUGCCAAGCACACUGUCACCACUCCCUUGGUCGUCACCAUGCACCAACCUCUCUGAUCUAAAACUGUUUGUUAGUUCCGGGUUUGGUCUGUUUGGCUGUAUAAAUUUUGCACUUUUUCCAUAUUCUUACCUUAGGACUAUGUUUAUUCUUAAGUUAGUUGUUGUUCCACAUAUAAGUAUGUAUGUAUAAUGGUGAAAGCGAAACGCUUGUGAGAUGAAGGAUGGAUGGUACGAAACAUGGUGGAGGCGUAUAUAUCCUUCUUUCAUGUUUGUAAAAUUAAGAAUGAAUGAAGGAGUGUCUGUAGGAAAUGGUGUCAUGAGAAGAGGAGGAGAAUAAGGGAAAGAUUCGUAUCCUUUUACAGCAAAUUUUGAUGGAUGGUUUCGGAGUGUCCCUUUUCUUUUGCUUAGUCAAAGAUUUUGCAAGCACAUGUGCGCAGACACGGUAAUCCUUGAUGCAUAUGAAUCAUCAGACAGUGAAGCAACAAUUUCACCUCUUCAUAAUGACAGACUAGACAUAUUCCCAUUAUUAUUUUUGUUGUUUUAUGUGUAUUCUAAUAACCACAAUCUGCUUACUUUUUAAAAGUAGCACCAUUCAUUACCUUCUUAUGAA